AUUUUUGUUUCUUUUCCAACAAAAACAAUCAACAGUUCCAAUUCGGCAAUCGUACGAGUGGAUAAGGAUCAAUUGGUUGAUAUCAGAUCUAUUUAUCACCAUUCACACCUUUAAUUCUCCCCAAACUGGGCGAUCCAUUUUGCGGCAGAAUGGCCUUCUAUGGCUACAACGGCGAUGUCCACUGGGGUGCCGCCGACCAUGAUUUCGAAGCCGCAUCCUACUAUUCUCCUCCAUACCUUCUCAGUGAGCCUAACCCAAUCCCACUCCCUAUUGAUUACUACAAUCAUGAUUAUUACUCUGUAUCUACUUAUUCUGAUCCGAUUAACUAUGCUUCAUCUUACGAUUACUACCAAUAUUCCGUAAAUCAAUCGGAGACGAACUACAGCCAGCCGAAAUAUCUUCAGUACGACCCAUCUCCUCCCUAUCAAGCCUAUUUCCCUACCCAGACCAAAUCUACAGUAUCAUACUCUAAAGUGCAGUUCAGUAUGCCUGAAUUCGAAGAUUAUGACCCCACUCCUUACGGUGGAGGUUAUGAUCAGGCAAUGACCUACGGCAAGCCUCUUCCUCCUUCAGAUCUCACCUGUUAUCCUCGCUCGCUGCCCCAAUCCGACGCCCCGCCUUUGGAUAAUUUCUCUUUUGCUUCAAUUCCUUCACCCUAUGGCAGAGAUGAAGAUAUUAUUGCAACGAAGCCUCCCGAUGGAAGCAAACCCACAGAUACCAAACCUGAAACAGGAAGCCGUAGCGGUGUGGAAAAUGAAGGUAAGAUUAUCGAUGAUGGUAAGGAUGUUGAGCCAAUCGAAGUGAUCCCGAUUGUUGAGCAAAGCGAUUAUCCCAAUUAUGAACAUCAAAAUGGAAGGGUCCCUCAAAUUCCAUAUGGUUCUGGAUUGGAAACUAUGGACCUGUGUGAAGGUUUAUUUGGUUACUGGCCGUGCUUAGCCAAGAAAGCGCAGCAGCAGAGGAACUGCUGUCAAGUUUGCGACCCAGAUCAGAGAAUCGAUCCGUGGAAAUCUGCUGCAGAUUAUCUUUUUGGGACUCCACUGCCGUAUGAUUACGACAAUUAUCAUCAUCAUCACCAGUCUCUGUACCAGUCCGAUCAAAUUUCUUGGCUGCACUAAAUUGGAAUAAAGUUAUUGGGGGCGGCAGUACAUUAUAGAGGAUGGGGCAAAAAUGAGUGAAUUGUGCAUCAACCAUGCCAUUGCCAUUGUCAUCCACAGUUAAGUUAUUAUUAAAGCAUUGUGCAAAUAAAUGUCUAAGUAGUCGAACAUUGGUGGACGGCAAAAUCAUGCCAGUUUUGAAUUAUCUUAUUUUCUUAUUCUUGCUAUCUUCUUUCUAAAGGGAUGUAUUACCCACCUCUUAGAGACUGUAAUAAUGCCAUUAGACACACUUUAUUUGCAAAAUCCUUGGGUUCCGUCAA